AUGGCCCCUGAGUUAAGCACAUUGUCUCGCGAGGAGCUCCUGCGAGCACUAGAGGAGCAGAGGCGCCUUCGUCAACAGGCAGAGGCAGACAAAGAGAAGGCCGAAAGGGAUAAAGAGAAGGCCGAAGAGGACAAAAAAAGUCUCGAAAAGCAAUUGCAGCCAAGUACCCUCCCCGAACACUUAGACGCCUGUCAUGUCCACCUGUCUGUGGGCAUCUCCUCCCGUGUGAAUUACAAGACCGGAACCCAAGGAAACCCGGAGAAUGCUGGUUCAAAACUUCGGCCGAACCACAUCCGAGAAUGGACCACAUUUCCUCAAGAACAGUCGGCCGUGUGGAAAGACCUAUUUGACGUCGACUUCGCUUCAGAGCGCCAUUUUACAUCCCUAAGCACAGUAAAAGACUGGGGCAACGAGAUGCAGCUCAGGUUAAUAGGCUCCGAGCUAGAUUUAGGUUAUUACCAACGUCAUGCCGUCGAGGAUCGUGUCUCGCUUGUUAUACGCAGACUCUAUUCCAAUCGUAGGCUUCGUGACAUAUUCAACCUGAAGGGGGAGGUGAUGUUCGAAAAUCACGGGAAUACUAUAACCGAGAAUGAAAGGAGCGCCGGCCCGCAAGUAUCACCGGUGCAGAAGCGGCAAAAAAAGGCCGACGUACAUGGGGAUUCGCUCCCUGUAACACCCACCGUGCGGUCAAGGUCGUCUCGCCCUCGCGCCGACCAGUUUUGUGUGUAUAACACGGGCCGCGAAGAAACAAUACCCGCCUUCAUCAUCGAAUAUAAGGCACCACAUAAGCUUACUUUGGGCACAGUAGAGGCCGGGCUCAUGGAAAUAGAAGUGGACGAUGUGGUCGUUUGCAGCGAGAACGAUGACGCUGUGAAGCUUGCUCGCCGGAGAGUUGCCGCCGUUAUCACUCAAUUGUUUUCCUACAUGAUUUACGCCGAGCUCGAGUUUGGAUAUGUUUGUACCGGGCAAGCGUUCAUAUUUCUCCGAGUGGACCCCAAGGAUCCUACCACGGUCUACUACUAUCUUUCCGUUCCAAACGACGACGUCGGAAUGAACACCGGUUGGGUUGAUGGCUCGGACAGUGACAACAAGCUACACCUUACGGCGGUCGGGCAGGUUCUCGCCUUUACCCUCCGUGCCUUGAAAACGCGACCAUUCGGCCAGAUCUGGCGUAAUAACGCAGAAUCGCAGCUGAAGAGGUGGGAGAUCGAACAUGACGACAUCCUCUUUGGGUCGGACAUUGAGGAGAGCGGCAGCAAGAAACUCUCGGAUUAUAAACAGAAUUGGAGGAGUAGAAACGAAUAUAUCCGUGUCUCACCUAUUAAGACGAGGUCAAAACGGCUGGUUGCUGCCUCCUCUUGUCGCGACACCGAGGCAACACGGAGAAGUGAAAAUGAUGAUAGUAGCGGAAGUGAAUUCGACUCUGGCAGUCCCAGCGCGGGGCUUCCUCGGCAUAGCUCCAACAUUACAGCUCCUCGUCCGCCAUCGACGGGGGGAAGGGGUAGUACGGACUACCCGGGACAACCCCCGCAAUGGUGCACCCAGAAAUGCCUCCUCGGCCUGCGAGAUCGAGGCCCCCUUGACCCGGAUUGCCCAAAUGUGGCUAGCCAUGGGAUCGUACGGCACGCAAUUGAUGAUCGCGAAUUUUGCAGGUUAGCUCGCGCGCAAAUCCUGGCCAAAGCUGGCCCUUCUGGCUGCGAAUCCAUGCACCGCCACGGGACCUCUGGGGCUUUGUUCUGGCUUACCCUCUUCCCGUACCGAUACUCUCUCGUAGCGAAGGCACUACCUGUGGAGACAGUUGCCCGUGCAAAGUACGAAGAAUAUUUGUACCAACAUCUUCAGCCGAUUCAGGGUGUCUAUAUACCAGUUUGCCUCGGAGGUAUUGAUAUAUCCCCUCGGCCAUUGUGGUACGAUGGUAUCUUCGAGGUUGUUCACUUGCUAUUUCUAAGCCACGCAGGGAGACUCGUCAAGUUUCACGCCAACAGGGACAAUUUUCAAACCGUGGUAGCCUCUGCGGUUGAGUCCCUUCAAGCAAUCCAUAAACAUGCGGUACUGCAUCGGGAUGCUCAUGGCGGGAAUAUGUUUUGGAAUGCAGAAAACCAGCGGGUGAUGGUCGUUGAUCUUGAACGGGCGAGGAUCCUUGACGGGCAAGCUUCCGUGACGAAAAAGAGGAAACGACAAGACAAUGUUUCCCUCACGGGCCGUACGAACCACGUGGAGCAAUUUAAAUGGGAGUUACGACAGGCGCAGAAAGAAAUGUUACCGCGCCAUUUUUACACAGAAAUGGGUAUCAGUCCCAGCACCAGGCCAGAAUAA